AAAUUUGAUAAAAAACAAUUAUCUUUUUUUCUUCAACCUCUACACUAUUGAGUCGAGAUUUUACACAACCAGAAAGAAAAUAGCCACAAAAACUCUUUCUUCUUUCCCUUUCCAAAAUUUUUCCGAUUCCAAUGUCUUCUUCUUCAGAAGGUUACGCGAUCGAGCUCUACAUGGAUCCCGCGCUCGAAAACCAAGUUCUGAAAGCCUGGAACGUUCUCGCCCGACGCCAAAUCAGCACCGAGUUAAUCGAAAUCGGGUCACGGCCACACAUCACACUCUUCUCAACUCCUUUCCUUCUAGAACCUUCCAAACUCGAGUCACUUCUCAAAUCCCUAACUUCCAAAUUCGAUCCGUUUUCUCUCUCUUUCUCUUCGAUCUCUUCUUUCUCCAACGAUAACAACCUUCUCUUUCUCUCACCUACUCCUUCUAUCUCUCUCCUCAAUUUUCAUUCUCAUCUUGUGGAUGCGGUGGUCAAGGAAGGGAUUGAAGUUUCUCAGGAGUUUUUGGUAGGGAAUUGGAUUCCUCAUUGCGCCGUUGCGAAGCGUGUUCCCAAGCAGAGAAUGUCUGAAGCCUUUUCGCUUCUUAGAGACCUUAAAUUGCCGGUUCAAGGAUAUGCUGUUGAUGUUGCGCUCGUGCAAUUCUCGCCGGUUCGUGAGAUUUUCUCCUUUGUGCUUGGUAACAACAGUAAUAUUAUAGAGAAUUGAUUUUAUUUUAUUUUAUUUGAAUCUUUUAGUAGCUUAAUUUUGUCUGUAUGUUAGUUUGUUGUAAUAAGAUAUUUUUCUUGUUGUUGUUGUUGUUGAUGAUGAUAAUUAAGUAAUUCUUGAAUUGAAACUAGUUUUGGAGGAA